ACUUUAGAUAACUUAGAUAUAGAUGAAAUUGGCAUGUCAACCUCAACAAAAGAUGAAAGCAGGAUAUUAACAAUGUUAAAUAUAGAUAAUAAAAGUUGUUUAGAGAUCACAUUUCGCUAUUUUUGCGAAAUUGUGAAAUAAUGAAUGUGUCUUAUAUAUAAAUAUGUAAUCUACGGAAGCGCGAAAUAUACAUUCUAAAUGUCCUGUAAUAACUCUAUAAAAAACCGAUGUCCCGUAACUUGUCCCAAAGUCAGGGAACAGCUCCGUAUCGCAAUCGAGGAAUUACCUAAUGUGACGGACGGGAUUUUUCCGCGGAAGAGGAAUGAUGUGGAACCGCGACUUCCGUCGGAUAUUAAUUCGAGAGCUAUACGAGAUAAACCAAAACAUGUAAUCGAGACAGCACAUGUACCCAUCAAUGAUGUACGAUCUGAAGAGUUAAAGGACAUCAAAGCAAAACUAGUGGUUUUCCCGGAGUUUCCGAUCGUUACAGAACCAACUGUUAUCCCAACAGAAAAGGGAGUUAAUGAUACUGAAGAAAAAAUUGAUUUGGAAAAAGAGGAAUCAAUCAAAAAACCUACAAUCAUUCCAGAAGAAACUGUCAUUCCAAUAAAAGAAGAGAUAGAUCGUUAUAAAGAGAAAAUUGAUCUUGUUGAAGAAAUUAUCCAGAAAGAAAUUAUUAUUCCGACAGAAGAAAUAGAUCGCGAUGAAAAAAAAAUCAAUUUGAUUACAGAAGAAGAAAAAAUAGACCAAAAACCUGUGAUUGUUCAAAAGAAAACUGUCAGUCCGAUAGAAAGGAUAGCAGAUCGUAAUGAUGAAAAAAUUGAUUUCGUUGAAGAGAAAGACUUAAUCGUGGAAGGAAUCGCAGAAGAACCUACAAAGAAAGUUCCAAUUGAGAAACCUGAGAUUAUCAAAAACGAAAUUGAACAGGCGCCAGGACCAAAAAUUGAAUUGGAACCGUCGCGGGAAUUAGAAGAGCACUUAGUGCCAGAGGAGCCCAUGGAAUAUGACGAAGAAGAAGAGGGCAAAACUGACUAUGAGCAAUAUAUCGACGAGGAAUUGCAGGAGUUUCUACCCGCCGUAAUAGCGAGGGAAAUUCCAGAGGAGCCGAGGGCGGUGCGUACUGAAAUUUCCAGGAAUGCGGCCACCUUGUAUGAGAAAAUCGAUCGCGAAAGACCUGUCAGACCACCGAGGGAACGAGAAGCAGUGACCGCAAUGCCUGAAGAACGACCGAUUAGAGAAGAAGUAUCUGUGAAACGAGCUCCCGAGAACUCGAGGCUAGCAGAGCAGAUUGUCUCGCGUAAACCUGCAGUCGUAGAAGAUGCUUGCGAGGAGACAUGUCCUUUAGUAAAAGAGCAGAAAGAACGCAUUAUGCGCAAAUUGAAGAUGCGGCAGCGAGUCGUAGAUCAUUAUUAUCUGACGAAAGGUUUCAGCUACUUCGAGGACGUAUGCACGUGCUCUCUGGCUUGUAUGGUGUAUACUUUGAGCAGGGAUCCGUUUGUGAAGAGUAUAUUCGCGUCUUUCGCAUUGUUUGCAGUUGGAUUGAAGCUGUGCUCCGAGCUGGAUGCGUGGGAGAUGCCGAAUCGCGUUUCAUAAGACCAAAAUAUCGAUAAUGGCCAACACGUAAUCUUCACCUAAGCCUCUUAUAGAACCGCGACAAUUUACAUUUAGAUUAACGAGACACCAUUAACCGAAUGUGUACAAUAACUCGUUUAUUCAAUAUACACCUAUAUACAGUUUGAAA